CUGCGGGCAGCGGCGCGCGCCUGGAUUGGGGCGGGGAUGAGGCCGCUGGGCGGACCAUGUCCCCGGCAGCCUUUCUCCAGGACGGAGCCUUGCCAUUCACCCCUCUGCACGUGCUCCUGGCGCCGCAGUUAAGCAGGUGAACCUGACCCGACGCAGAAUGGAGACAUCCAUGGGGGCUCUCGGUGGAGUGUGAGGAGUGUCGAUAUAGGUUCAGGCAUGAUGGAAGGCUUGGGGUGGAACUUAAUAAAGUUGGGGAGGGGGAAGCUUUUUUAUUUACUCAAGUGACAUUUUCUACAGCGCCUGAAGUCGCGUGCACCGAACGGCAAGGAUGCGCUGACUGACAGCUCUGCCCUUAAAGAGCGUAAUGUUUACUUAGGCUCAGGACUAGCGGACGCGAGAGCAUAGCCAUAACUUUGUGAAGUGCAAUGAUGGAGGGUUCUUAGUGGGAACCUUUAAAGUAUGGGGGCCUUUUAAAAAGGGAAUCUUUGUCCAUUGAUGAAUGAAGGAUGUUGCCUUUCAAGGUGGGGGUGACAUAUGAGCUACAGUAUUAGUUACCGGGGCCAAGGAAAUAAGUCCAUUAGAAGUAUAAACUGUUGUUCGUUGCUCGUCACCAGCUACGUAGCAGAGUGGUAAAGAGAGAGAAGUAGGCUGAUGGACCAGAGAAAACAGACUUGAGGACACUAUAGCUUGGAAGAGGAAUUAAACAGUUUAAAAGUAAAGAGGCAGAAUUAGAUUGUUUUUUAAUAGAAAGUAAAAUGAAGGAAGGACUCGAGAGCAAUAAGACUGGAGUUAAUAAGAAUCUGUUGGAAUAUUAAAUGAUUAAGAAACUAAUCUAGUGUCAGCAGUAAGAGAACAGGAUAGAGUGGCAAUGUAGGAGGUGAGAACAAAUCUAGAUUGUGAUAAGCAUUUCAUUUUUCUGCGUAAGAAAACCUGGAAAGGAUGAGAUUUCUUCAACUUCAUGUUUAAAGAGUGGUGAGACACUGGAACUGGAGAGUUGGCUCACUGGUUACGAACACUGCUCUUCCAGAGGACCUGAAUUUGGCGCCCAGCAGCUGUGUCAGGAUACUGCCUACAGCCAUUGGUAACCCCAGCUCCAGGGGUGCCUACACUUCUGGCCUCCGUUGGCACAAGGCCUCCCUUACUUUUGAAAUAAAGUCUUUACUAUCGGUGUUUGGAGGGCAGUUCACUAACAGUCAGGAAACUUAUGGAAAGUCUCCAUUUUGGAUUCUUAACAUUCCCUCUGAAGAUAUUGCAAGAAACUUAAUGAAACGGACUGUGUGUGCCAAGUCUAUAUUUGAACUAUGGGGUCAUGGAAAAUCUCCCGAGGAGCUGUAUACUUCUCUUAAAAGUUACCCCGUGGAGAAGAUGGUUCCAUAUCUGCAUUCAGAUUCGACAUAUAAAAUAAAGAUUCACACAUUUAAUAAAACAUUAACUCAAGAAGAAAAAGUGAAACGAAUUGAUGCACUUGAAUUUCUGCCGUUUCAAGGAAAAGUGAACUUAAAGAAACCACAGCAUGUAUUCUCCAUUUUGGAGGACUAUGGUUUGGACCCAAACUCUAUCCCCAAGGAUCCACAUAAUAUUUAUUUUGGCAGAUGGAUUGCAGAUGGACAAAGAGAGCUAAUUGAGUCAUACAGUGUCAAAAAGAGACAUUUUAUUGGAAAUACAAGUAUGGAUGCUGGUUUAUCAUUCAUCAUGACCAACCAUGCAAAAGUGAAAGAAAAUGAUCUUGUCUUUGACCCCUUUGUUGGAACAGGUGGCCUCCUUAUAGCAUCUGCUCACUUUGGUGCAUAUGUGUGUGGGACAGACAUAGACUACAAUACAGUUCAUGGCUUGGGAAAGGCUAGUAGAAAAAACCAGAAAUGGCGUGGACCAGAUGAAAACAUCAGGGCAAAUCUUCGUCAGUAUGGCUUAGAGAAGUUUUACCUUGAUGUCUUGGUUUCAGAUGCGUCUAAGCCUUCCUGGAGGAAGGGAACAUAUUUUGAUGCAAUCAUCACAGAUCCUCCAUAUGGUAUCAGAGAAUCUACAAGAAGAUCAGGUUCACAGAAGGACAUACCAAAGGGAAUAGAAAAAUGUCCAGAAAGCCACGUUCCUGUUUCCUUGAGUUAUCACCUGAGUGACAUGUUUUUUGACCUGUUAAAUUUUGCAGCUGAGACCCUUGUACUGGGUGGAAGACUAGUCUAUUGGCUACCAGUAUAUACACCAGAGUACACUGAGGAGAUGGUGCCGUGGCACCCUUGCCUGAGACUCAUUAGCAACUGUGAACAGAAGCUUUCCAGUCACACAGCAAGGCGCCUGAUCACCAUGGAAAAGGUGAAGGAAUUUGAGAACCGGGACAAGUAUUCACACCUGCUGAGUGAUCAUUUUCUGCCGUACCAAGGACAUAAUUCUUUCCGUGAGAAAUAUUUUAGUGGUGUAACAAAAAGAAUUGCCAAGGAAGAAAAAUGCAGCCACGAGUGAAAACUCUGAUGCUGACAAUCAGGAAAGAAGGAGCGUUUUAUAAAAAGGCUUUGGAUGGGAAUUUGUGCAUAUGAUUAAAAAACCUGUGCUGAUUUACAAUUUUUAUAUAAAUAACUGCUAUUAAUCAAAAUUGGAUAAUUUCAAAAUGGUCUUUGUUUUAGAGACUAUUUUGAUGUAUAUGUCUUUUGAGCCUUGUUAAGUGUCAGGGACUGGUAUAUAUAUAUAUAGAGAGAGAAAGUGUUUAUAUUUUUACAAAGACAAUAUUGUAUCUGCCACAUACAUGGUAGGUAAUUAAUAGUGAUUUAGAACUUACUCAUUUUGUAAAGUUGCUUGGUUUGACUUUUAGUUGUGACUGUUUUUCAUUGACACCAAUAAACUUUACUGGGAAUUUCUAAAAAUUAUGUGAUACUCAGUAUUUCUCAUGGAAUGUUUAACCAUAAAUCCCAUAUUAGUCAUAACAGUGGCCAUGCAGAGGCAAGGAAACCUAAGGGCUGAGAACUGUGGAGAAUCCAACCCCAAGACCUCCACGAGGGCCCUUGUGCUUCUGAAGGUGUCUGCUCCUUGGAUUUGCUCUUGCAUUCCUAAAACUUGACUGUUGGUCACGUUAACUAACUACCUUCAAUGUUUGGUUGAGAAAGUUACAUUUAAAAGCAGGCACAGCAGCUCAAGUCCUUGACGGCCACGCAAAGGCAUUGGGUUUCAUCAGUACUCACUGAGACAGAAGCUGUAGUUUUCUUGAAGGAAAAACUUUGCUGAGUCUACGUAAUGUCCAUCAUGGAAAUACCUUUUUUGCAAACCACUUUUCCCAUUAAUUCUAGCUGCUAAUAGCUUUCUGCUUUUGGUGGUACCUCAGUGAGGUGGCAGUAAAUGGAUACUUUCUUUCUAACCAGC